AUGAGUGGAGAAAAUUCAUCGGGGGAAGAUAUUUCUGCAGAUCAAUUUUUAACAUUGGAAUACUACAAAGUUCUUGAUAAUAUGAUGGCUCAAAUGAAAUGGAGGUUUGAACAAUUAUCAAAUAUUGCUGAUGAUUUUCAAUUCCUUUCUGCUCAUUCACUAUAUGUUACACCAGUUGAAAAAUUGAAAAAAUAUGCGGCUGAUUUAGCUAUCAAAUACAACGAAGAUAUUGACCAGGAAAUAAUUAACGAAAUCGAAUUUUUUAAAUAUCAAGUAAAAGCAAAUUUUACCAGACUUAAACGCAACUGCUUUAAAUAUUUUAAACGCAAUUAA